AUGGGCAUUUCAUUUCUUUUCAUGAAAAAAAGCAGAUGCUUUGGGAACCAUCCACGACGAAUCAAGAGAAGACUCCUCACUCCAGUCCAGCAGCGGUCAGUCGCCCACUCCACUCCACUCACAUUGAAGGAAUCUUGUUCUCGGGAAAAGGAGGAAAGGUUGCGUGAGCCAGCCAUGGCCUUCGCUGACGCAGCAGCACGGAGGCUCCUGCGCGGCGCAGGCGGCGGUGUGGCCAAUGGAAUCGCCGCCGACGCCGUCGGCAUGAGCUUCGGCCUCGACGGCUUAUGGCAGCUCAUCGCGGGCCUGUUCGCGAGCGUGGCUCACCUGCUCGUUCUACCGUUCGAGGUGCUCGGGCACUGGCUGCAGGUGGCCAUCGCCGCCGUGGCCCACCUGGUCGCCCUGCCGUUCGAGGCACUCUGGCACUUGCUGCGGUCCGCUGCAGCCGGCGUCGGCUUCUGCUUCGACAGCCUCGUCGCCGCUCUCGGGAGCGCGGCCCGCGCCCUGGCGGUGCCGUUCGAGGCGCUCUGGCACCUGCUGCAGUCUGCCGCCGCCGGCGUCAGCUUAUGCUUUAGGCAAGAGAUGAUGAAUCUUGCGUUUAUUAUAAGGGCGAAGACUCCAAAAAAGGAAGUACAAGUAUACGUAGACAAAUACAGAAGCUAUACAAGUCUAACAUGCCUCAGCAACCUCGUCGCCGCGCUCGGUAGCGCAGCCCACGCUCUGGCGGUGCCGUUCAAAAUGCUCUGGCAGUGGCUCCAGGCCGCCCCCGCAAGCAUCAGUUUCGGCCUCCACGGUCUGGGGCAGCUCAUACAAGGCUGCUUCGACAGCCUCGUCGCCGCGCUCGGGAGCGCGCCCCAUGCUCUGGUGGUGCCGUUUGAAGCGGUCUGGCAGUGGCUCCAGGCCGCCGCCGCCGGCGUCAGUUCCGGCUUGGACGGCUUCUGGGAGCACAUGCAGGGCAUCUUCGCCGGCCUUCCCGCCGCGCUCGCCAGCGCUGCCCACAGCCUCGUCCUGCCGUUAGAGUCUCUCUGGCGGUGGGUGCAGAACGCCGUCGGCGGCAUCAGCCUCGAUCUGGCCGGCUUCUGGCCGCUCGUCCAGCGCUUCGUCGACACGGCCGCGAGCAAGGCCUACGAGCUCGUCCCGGCCUUGGAGGCGUUCUGGCGGUGGCUCAAGGACGCUGCCGUCGUCGCGCUCCCUUACGUGGUGGCCAUCGCCGCGGUCGUUUGCGUCGCGGCGCUGGUCUGGUACUGCUAUCAGGUCGUCGCGGCCCUGGUCUGUCACUGCUGGCAGUUCCGGUGCACCGCCGCCGUGCAGGUCGCGCCGGCUCUCGGCCGGGUCCUCUGCUUCUGCCGGGACUGCUUGACUGCCGUCGCCACGUGGGUCGUGCUGUCCUGCAGCAGGGUUACCAUGGUCGGCCCGGGCGCCGCCGGCGCGCUGAUAUCACGCACUGCGUUCGCGGCGAACCCGCGGCUCUACUUCAAGAUCCUCCGUCUGGCUGGCCCUGUCGUGGCCGCUGCCGUCUUCAGUUCGAGCCCCGUCGCCUGGGUGGUCGGAGCGGUGGUCGGCGUCCUUUUCAGCCUCUGA